AGCAUGAACGCUCUGAUCAACGGAGGACUCAGCCACAAACAUACAGCCGUGAGGAAGAACACUGCACGGCACCUGGAGAAAGUGACGGAGGUCAUGGGAGCAGCUUGUCUCUUGUCUGGCAAAAAGGACCUGACUGCCCGCUUCAUCCAAGUUGCCAGCUGCCUUGCCCUUGACCACGUACUGGAAGUCAGGAAUCAGGCCCGUAACAUUCUGUCUGUAGUGGCUGCCCAUCCUGACCUCAUCAAGAUGGUGGAGAGGUUCGCCCCUCUGAGUGAUCAGAUCCGCAUCAAGGACUUUAUUAAUACAUGCCAGAAAAGACCUUUGCGCUGAAGUAGACAUCAGAGCCAGCCAGAAUGAUACCGCACCCACGGGGUCACAG